CAAGCCGCAAGCGCGUUGGAUUGAGCGUUGCAGCGGGCUUUCAACUUUCCACCCCCUCCGCCCCCUAAGCGGAUGCGGAUGCGGAUGCGGACGCGGAAGCCGAGCGAGCGAAGAGCGAGCGAGAAGAGAGAGAGAGAGAGAGAGAGAGAAAGGAGAAGCGUCGAGGAAGAAAGUGGGAAAGCUGCGAGCUGGAUUUUGAUUGUCUUCUAAGGUUUUCAAAAUUUCUGGAGUUCUGGAAGAUUUUCUUGUCACGAACGCUGCUUAGUGGGUUGUUUUACUUUGGAGUCUAUCUGGCUUCUCCCAAAUUCGCGAGGAUUGAGGGCUGGGGCUACAUCCACCGGGAGGGUUAAGAUGGCUGGUAUGUCCGAUGAUUUCGAAACAGCCGAGAACUGGAAGGAGGCGGGCAAUGAGGCUAUGCGGAAAGGGAAAUACUCUGAGGCCAUUCUUAACUAUAAGAAGGGUUUGAAGAUAGAACCCCGUAACGCUAUAUUGAAUUGUAAUAUAUCGCAGGCUUAUCUGGCAAAAAAAGAAUUUUGUGAAGCAGAAAAAUAUAGCAAAUUUGCCAUUGAGGAGCAGCCCUCCUAUGUUAAGGGAUACUAUCGUGCUGCUAAGGCUGCCCUCGGCCGGCAUUGCAUCUAUGAUGCAAUGCUCUACCUGGCUGAAGGAGCAGCCAACUGCAGUGGAACACCCCAAUGCGAGGACUUAUAUGUCAUGGCUCGGGACUUGAGUCCAGAGUUUGAGAACUCGUUGCGACGAUGUCAAAAGGCACCCAGUGCAAAGCCUUCCCAACCUCAGACUUCCCAACAAAAAGUUGAAGAAGAUUUUGACAGACAGCUGGACGAGAAGUCUAAGAGAAAAAGAGACCUGGAGAAGAAACGAGAACUUCUUAAAAAGCAGGACAAGGAAGUCACUGACGCUCUUGAAAGAGAAUCAAGGGAGCUUGAGGAACUUGCAAAGAAGAAAAAGGAACAAGAACGGCUCAAGAAGGAGAAGGAACUGCAAGAAAAGAAAGAGCGAGAGGUGGAAGCAAAGAAGGCUCGCGAACUGGCAGAUAAGAAGGCGCGGGAAAUGGAAGAAGCCAAAGCUCGGGAGCUGAAGCUAAAGAAAGCGCGUGAGCUAGAAAAUAGUAAAAAGAGAGCCGAAGAGGAGAAAAUUCAAAAGGAACUGGAGAGAAUCACAUCUCUUAAAGAUCAAAUUCAUAAUGAUAGUCGGGAUGGCUCAGCGGCUCUUAUGAAAGGCUUUGGCCGAAAGGCAGUUGAUAAGUUGGAGAGAGCCUUGGACACAAUAAGGUCUCAUCCAGCUGAUACUGAGAAUCUAGGGUUCAGUGAUCCGAUGGACAUUGUUGUUCUUCAAUACACAUAUUCACAGGCUCUCAUUGAGUCUGGCGAGUACACAGAUAUUAUGAAAGGCAUUAAAGUUCUUGAGGGCCUCGAGUUAGAUAAACAGCACCUAAAGUUUCCUGCUAUCCUCCUUUUAUUAGGAAAAGCUAUGUUGAGACUCAACAGGUUUAAGGAGGCUCUGCUCCCUUUAAAGAGAGGAUUGGCUUUUAUUGAACGAGGAACCCCUUUUCCCCGUUUCCCAUGGCCUGGCACUCAUGAUGUCAUUGAUGUCACGGAGCGCCAACAUCUUAAGGCUGAAUUGGAAAGUUCUGCAAAGGUUUGUGGCAUUUAUCAUAAACCGGAUGCAGUUUGCUUUCAUCAGAAAUGUAGUACGACUUCAAGUCAGCAUAUUAUUCCUUCUCGAAACAUAUUCUUUAGUGAUCCAGACUUUAAUGGUUUUUUGACAAUUGUGUGCUCAGAAAACUGUAACAUCUUUUUCCACUUAUCAUGUUGGAAGGAUUUUCGAGAGCAUCUCUCUAUAGAAAAAUUGUCUGAGAAGGAUUUUUUAACUAAAGAUUGUUUCACUCCUGAUUGUGGUGCAGUUGUUGUGAAGCUCGCCAUCACAGGACCUGAUGGCGAGGUUAAAUCUCACUGUGAGCACACAAUUAGCCGGGCCCAAGCUAUUGAGGCAACUUCUCUUCCUAAAAGCCCUAACAAGAAGCGAAGGAAAAAAGAACUGGAGAAAGACAGCAAGCAGGAUCACAGCAAAAAGAAGAGGACAAGAUGUGAUUCUAAGAGUCAAGAUUUUAAGACUGACAAUUUUACUCCCAAGAACAAUUAUUCUCAAGGGGAUAGCAAUAUACAAUACAGUGAUGCUAUUGCUAAAUUAAUAGAAGCCAGGGCAAACAACUUUGGUUACCACUCUGUUCCUGACAGCCUGGAAGUUGGUGAUAACCCUACAAUUUCUAUGCCAUCUCAUUUAAAUCAAAAUGAGGAAUUCAUUUACUCGUAUUUUUAUGAGAUCUUUAAAAAAAAUGGACAUAUGUCUGUAUUUGCAUUGCAAGAACAUUGGGAGGCCAACAGAGAGCUACUGCCUGAACUUGAACCUGCUUUAGUUACUCAUACAGAUUUGGUUAAAUUUUUAUUGGAUACCGAUGGGUUUGCUGUAGUUCAAGAUAUGAUAGGAAUUGCAAGUGAUCUGCCUAAAAUUUCUGCUGUGGUGGAGUCUAAGACUGAGCCUCUGCCCGCGGUCGAUGGAUGGCAAUUUUCAGCAGCUACCAUACAAGAGGCUAGUCAAACCUUAUCCUUCAAUUCAGCUCUACCAGAAAAUUAUGAAGAGGUAGAUACAAGAGCUGAAGAUCUUAGUAAACAUGACUGCGACAAAAGCAGCAGUAGUUCAUAUCAUUCUAUUUCUGAAGAUGGUAACAAAGAAGAAGAAUCUUCAUGCAUUGAUUUGGAUGGAUCUUCAAAUGCUCUAUUUUCAUCUGACCAUACUUUUAACCUUGGCAAAGCGGCAUAUGUCAAUGGUUAUAACUCAACUGAUCAUGUAAAUAGUGAGGGCAGUUCAGAUUCCUCAAAUAAUGCUAAUGUCAAGCCUAGUUUGCCACCGGCUGUCGAAUCAUCAAAGGCUCAAAGUUCUAAUGACCUCAAACCUGUCAAUGGAAAGAAUCGCCUGUCAAAUUUGCCGGUAAUAGGCAUUGAGCUUUCAGAUAAAAUGACCAAUUUAAAAGUUAAUGAGGAGACAAACAAUAAUUGCAAAGUAAGCAAUCCAGUGAUUAAUGACAAAACUAUGCAGAAUCACUCUUCAGAACAAAGCUCACCAAGAGCCGCUCCCGCUCCCUGGAAGCCGCGGGCUAAAUUAUUAAAGUGGGCUUGUGAGGCGUUCCCAGGGGAACCUGAAAGGAAAUUGUGGGAUGCUCUGACAAAAGUCAGAGCUGAAAACAACUUUACUCUAUCAGGACUCUCUUUCGAUGCUAUUCGUGAAAAAGUGAGAUCUGUUUUGCUGGUGAAAAGUACUUAAUUGUAAGCAGUUGGAAGCAAGCUUUUUUUUUCUGUUUCUUAGGCAAAUGUUAUUUUCAUCAGCAUCUUUUCCCUUAAACCUAAAAUAAUUGGACCAUUUCUUCAAUCUUGACCCCAUAUUUUCCUUGUGCCUGUUGGCUUGAAAAUGGUGGUCAACUUGUGUCAUUUCGUUCAAGUGAAAAAAAUUGCUAUAUUUUUAUUUUUUUUACAUGGUUGUUGGACCAAAAUGGUAUGGAGUAUUUUUGUUUUCAUAUCUGGACACGCCUAAUAUUUCAUGUGGACCAUAUAUACCUAAUUUUUCUUCUGGUGCACAAAGACUAAAGAUAAUAAAGAGAUUUUCCUCAAAAA